ACAAGAGAAGACAACAAAAGAGGAGAACAAGAUGCCAUGAAAGGCAACGUUGGAUUACGAAGUCAACGGCAAUCUCGAUACCAACUAUGCCACUCUCUGCAAAUCGCCGUACGUGCCAAUUGAUAAAGAAGAUCCAUUAAUUAGGCACCGCUUAAACAAGAAUAUCCGCUUCCGGCGUCGAUCCUGAUGAUCCACACUUCCACUGCUCUAUAAAUUCAGAUCUGCGGCCAUUUCCAAAGCUUUAAGAGUGAUGAAUUAUUGCCAUUGUUUUUACCACUCUUGUAAUUGCAUACAGCGGCUGCAGGCUCUUCCUCUUCUUCUUCUUCUUCUUCUUCUUCACGCUGCCAUUGAUUCCGGCGAUGAGAACUAGAUGCCGGCCGCCUCCGGCCACCCUGAUCUCUUUCUUCUUCUACUUCACCACAUUCCUUGUGCACGCCGUCUCCGGCGAUCUCCCCAGCAGUGAUGGAGGUUGUGCUCUGAAUUUCAGCUCAUACCCUUACCGGCCGACCGGCAACUGCAUUGCCGACGAAGAGAAGAUUACGGUCUGGGGCGGGUUCCCGACCACUCUCUGCUGCCGGAACGCCCUCGCCACCCUGUCCACCGGCUUCGCCCAUCAGGCGAAGGCUAGCCGGGGAAGCAUCUUCCCCCCUCCAGACGAGUGGACGAGGUGCAGCGGCAACCUCACCUUCGCGGAGCUGCAGCCCUCUGUCUCCGUCCACGCCUGCGGCUUCGACUAUCUCUUCAACGGCAGCAACAACCUGCACUGCUCCGGCGAGUCGUUGCCGCAGAUAGAGGGGCAGGAAAGCUACGGCGACGCCUUGAAGGAUUGCUCCCAGUUCGGUAAGCCGGGAUACAGCUUCGACAAAGCAUGUGGGAACUGCAUCGGUGCAAUUCAAUGGCUGAGAGAUCGGCUGCUGGAAAAGUACAAGGUGAAGGAGAGUGGAGAGAGAGCCAUGUGCGGCGUGGCCGUUGUGACGGCGGUUGCAGCCGCCAAAUUGGACGAUGGCUCGUUAGAUGAUUUUUUCAACUGCAUGAUGGCUUUGGAUGUCUUUGAGCCAGGUUACAUCAGAUUCAAAUCUUCUACGGCGAAACUAAUGCUGGCGACGCUUCUGGCCACCAUCGGAGCGAUGGUGGUGCUGGCGGUGGUGAAGUACGUCACCAAGAAGACCCGAAGCGACGCCAAGAUUAUGCAGACGUCGCAGAGCACCAAGUGGCCGACGAUCUACCAAUUCACCAAGGCCGAGAUCGAGAACGCCAUCAACAUCGGCGGCGAACGGAAGUGCCUGGGAAGAGGAAGUGCCGGCCAGGUGUUUCAGGGCGUUCUUCCGAGCGGCCAGGUCAUCGCCGUCAAGCAGAUCUACCGGAACAACACCUCCGACUCGUUUACCAGGGAAGUCGACGGCCUUUCGGGCGUUCGCCAUCCGAACCUCGUCUGCCUCUUCGGCCUCUGCAUGGAAGACGGCGACCAGUACCUGGUUUACGAGUACUGCUCCGCCGGAAACCUAGCCCAACAUCUUCUCAGGAAAGAUGUGCCAUUGACAUGGGAAAGAAGAGUGAAGAUUCUAACGGAUUGUGCUCUGGCACUCAAGUAUCUACAUCAACGCUUAGAUGGCUGCCUAGUUCACCGAGAUAUUAAGCUUACGAACAUCUUGCUGACGGAGAAGAUGGACGCGAAGCUGUCGGAUUUCGGGCUGGCGAGGAUGCUGAAUAUGGAGGAGAGUAAAGUGUUUACAGAUGUGAGGGGAACAAUAGGGUACAUGGAUCCUGAGUACAUGACCAAUGCCAAGCUCACCUGCGCCAGCGACAUCUACAGCUUCGGCAUCGUCAUGCUCCAAAUCCUCUCCGGGCAGAAAGUCAUCGAGCUCGAUCUUGAAGCCCGAGACCAGCUCACCACAAAGGCAAAGGAUGUGAGUAUGGGGAAACGCCCCCUCUCGGACUUUGAAGACCCGAGGAUCAAAGGAACUGUCAACAUUGUAGACUUCGAAUCGAUACUACUGGUCGCGGUGUUGUGUGUUGCCAGGUCGAGCAAAGGUCGCCCGACGAUUGAUGUGGUGUACAAUGAACUAGAGAAAGCAUGGAAAAAUACCCUGGCUGGCAUGAGAGCAAAGAAGGAGAACUCUACUACAGUAUCAAGAUCAACAGAAGUGGCCCAUCAAGUCUAAUUCCUAAAACAGGCAUUGUUUAGGAAAUAAAGGCAUGUAUGUAUAUUGAGUUAUUGCUUCAACUAUGGUUUAUUUGCAUGCUUGAACAGCAUUUUGGAAUUUUGGGCAUGGUUCGUGUCAAUAUUGGAAUUGAAUGUGCCCUGCAUUUGACUUGUGAAUUGCAUAGAAUAAAUAUAAU